GAUCGCACCCGCCUCCAUCUCAUCGGUCCCGCACACGCUAUCCAUCCACCCCACGCACGCUAGGACUAGUUGCACGCGGAGGACUAGCUGCACGCAUACAACUCCCUGAACGGAUCGACCUACCCGCACGCAUACGUCCAUCCGCUCGCCUACCACAACCCGCACCACAUCCCUCGACCCUCUCACCUCUCCUACACCCACACACCACACACCAUCCAUGCUUCCCGCAACGCACGCGCGGCUCGGGUACGCGGCGGUCGCUGUAGGCCGCUCGUCCGUCAGCCGCUCCGCGCUUUCUGCGAGCGCGACUCUGUUGGCGGCGGGUCGCUCGACUGGUGCUGCCGGACGUGCUGCGUCCACUGGCAGUCGAUCGCUCACGACCACCACUCGGCCUACCCUGCGUCCCGCCUCCGCCACAUCCUCCCCCGGCCUCGUCCAGCGCCGCACCAUGUCCUCGGGCUCGAAGAGCCGGUAUGAUGUGGGGGUCUUCACCCUCCCCUCCGCCGCCGUCUUCGUUGCCACCGGCAUCGGCCUCGUCCUCUACUUCCGCCACGAGAAGCAGAAGCUCGAGGAGGAGCGGGAAAAAGAAAACGCCGCCCAAGCUUACGGCCGCCCCAAGGUCGGCGGGCCCUUCGCGCUCACCGCCACCAGCGCGACGGGCGCGAGCGGCGUGCCCAGGGUGGAGGACAAGCCGGAGGGCACCCCCUUCACCGACUCAGACCUCCUCCACCACUGGUCCCUCCUCUACUUCGGCUUCACGAACUGCCCCGAUAUCUGCCCCGCGGAGCUCGAUAAGAUGGGGGAGGUGGUGCGGGGGGUGGAAUCCUCCCCCUCCCCCACCGCGCUCCUCCCCAUAUUCAUCACCGUCGACCCGCAGCGGGACACGCUGCCCGCGAUCGCGCGCUACCUCGCCGAUUUUCAUCCGAGGUUUGUCGGCCUGAGGGGCGGGUGGGAGGAGACGAAGUCCAUCUGCCGCGCCUACCGCGUCUACUUCUCGACGCCGCCCGACGCGGACCCGGCGGGCGAUUACUUGGUCGACCACAGCAUAUUUGUGUACCUUGUGGAUCCGGAGGGCCACUUCGUCGACGCCUUCGGGCAGAACCUGACCGCGGAGGACAUCACGCAGAAGGUCGAGGAGGCGGUGCGGGUGUAUGGGGAGAGGAGGGGUGGGUCGCAGUGAGGGGUGGAAGGGCGAGGGAAGGAGGGGGAGCGGAAGGGGAGCGGGUGAGGGUUAUGGGGGAG